GUACAUAAGAGUGAGUGUGUAAGUGCAGUGCAUGUGAGUGUGUGUGUACGCAAUGCUUCUCCGGCAAGCCUAGACUCCAUGUGACUUCUUAUUAUGAGUCGCCAGAGAGAAGAGAACUAAUAGACGGAGUGAGAGAGAGAGGCGCGGCUGGUGUGAAAUGUCUUGGUCGCUGGUCAAGAGAGGCCUGGAGCUGUGUGAGGAGGACCAGACAGUAGCAAGCAAGAGCAGGAAGGUUGACAAGUUGACACCAGGCAAGGGCUCCCGCCACCAGAAAGAAAAGAGAGCAGCCAAGCAGAGGAAGAUUGCCAAGCAGAAGGAACUGGAGAUCAAGAGUCUCUUCAAUCAGAAACAGGGUGUGAGUGCUUUGGACAAGUAUCGGCAGAACACUCCAAAAGACCGCACCACUGAUAACAUAAAGCUGCUGAAGAAGAUUGACAGGAAGCGCACACCUCAGGAGUAUGUAGAAAAGAUCUUGAGCCAGCACAGCAAAGAAUUGGAGAGGAGAGGAGGCACAAAAGAGGCUGCACAGACUCAGGGGAAGAAGAAACCUGAGGAGACGACAGUAUUUUCUGAUGAAGACUUUGAGAAGAUGAACAAGGAGUGGCUGAAGCUGUACUAGCAGGCUAAAUUUGAGAGGCCUUAGACAGCCCUGAGUGUUGGUGGGUGGCUGACUGGCAGCUGCCGGUAGUUCAUGGUAGAGGGAGCCACUCACUCUUAGCCUCCCUGGAUAUGGUCCCUUUAACUUGGCUCCUGCAGGGGAUACCUUGCAGACUGUAGACUUGAAUUGUUGUACUUGUUUGAGUGACUGAAAGUAUCAAUAGCAUGUUCUUGCAUUUAUUUAGAUAGUUGAUGUGUGUGUGAAAAGUUUACAAUCUGCUUGUAUGGUAAGUGCAUCCUCUUGCAGCUUGAAGUUUAGCUUAACCUGUAAUGCAUGAAUUUGUACAUAUAUUUCAUUUACCAAUUUGUUCACAUUUUUAAACAUCUGUGUGUACAUGUUUGUGUGUGCUGUUGACACACCUUGCCUCACUGUGUAGUGCUGAGCCGUUCUGGACCAGCAUGGCUCUCAAUGACAGGCUGACCGGCAGGAUUGUGACUCUGGCCUUUGUUUUUGCCCUUUUUGCCAUAACACUGUGGCAUCUUCUCUACCAGUCACAGUAUGAUGUGUUUAACUUAGUCCCGUCACCCCUGUAUGCCUUUGGGGUGAUUCGAUACCUGUUCCUUGUGCUGUCUGUGGUCAUCCUGUGUUUCAUGAUGUAUGCCUGUAUUAACUCACAUUCCCACACUUGAUUCUUUCAGGUUUGGCACCAAGUGAUUGAGUGUAUGAAGGCACAACACAAGCACCAAUUAAUAUCCCACAAAAUAUGCAAAGGUGUCCAAGGACCGUGAGUGACCCUUUGCCUUUUUGCCAAUUAGAAGCUGGAAAGGACAGCACAUAGAGCCUCACUGGGCAGUGUGUGUGUGUGCGUGCGUGCAUGUGUGUGGAGUAAUGUUUGGACACGACCGCGUCAUAGGUCAGUGUGUACUGGUGGUCUCGGCUGUGUUGGUGCUGUACUAUCUGGUGUGGGUGGUGGGUCUGCCAUUUGUGGAUGAGGACAGUUCCCUGCGAGCCGUGUUCCCACGCCCCAUCCUGGCCAUCGUCGCCCCGACGCUCAUCCUGGUGUUCCUCCUGGCUAUCACUGGGGUGUACAUCAUCAAGGCUUUGUUGGAUGCUGACAGUCUGGAGAAAACCAAAUUGAAGCAAUCAUAGUGAAUGUUAUGUUGAGGUAUUUUUGUAGCUAAACUUAUGUGGCUAAAUGCAGCAAAAAACUUUAGUAUUCCAAUUUGUCAAGCUUAAAACAAAGCAGCUGUUGUUUAAUGAGGUGAUGUUCUUGUGUAACUUUCCAUUACUGACCAGCCAUUGCCUUGUAGGAUAGAAUGUUCAGCAGAACUCAGGAUUUAUGUGUUGUUUAGUGUUGUGUUUAUUAAUGUUUAUUGUUAUGUUUGACCAUCUAAUUACCAGGCCAUAUUAUUUAAGUUGAGUAUGCCUGUGUUCAUGAGAGCAGAGAUAUUAGGACAGAAUUGAAAGAGACUUAUUAUUCUUUACUGGACACAUUCACCAUGUCAUCUUGGCUUGUAGUGGGAAUUUCAGGGGUGACAAAUGGAGGCAAGUCCACUCUUGCCCAGCAGCUGCAGUCAUGUCUCCCCACUCACACACAGGUCAUCUCUCAGGAUGACUACUUCUUCCCAAAGGACUCCCAGUACCACGUACCAUGCCCUGGAGGCUUAGCACACCACAACUGGGACAUCAUCACUGCCCUGGACAUGAAGAAGAUGGUGUGUGAUGUGACACAAAUUGUGAAAUCCCAUCCAGACACAAUUGACAGCAGCCACAAGGGAGGCAGUAGCUCUCCCUUGUCAGAGGAGGUGGGCCUCCGUCCUGUCCUGCUCAUGGAUGGAUUCAUCCUGUAUGAUGACCCAGAGAUUCUGGAACUGUGUGACCUGCGCUACUUCUUCACUCUGACGCAGGAAGAGUGCUGGGAGAGGCGGUCACAGAGGACUUACGACCCACCAGAUCCUCCGGGCUACUUUGAGGCCUGUGUCUGGCCCAUGUAUGAGGAGCAUCUGGCAAAGGUCAAGGAAGGAGUUCCCAAUGUUGUGUACCUUGAUGGCAUGGAGGAAAACCUCCCUGCCGUCCUUCAGCAAGUGAUGGCAGCAGCUCGCCUCUCUGGGAAGGAGUACCCAGGAGCAAUACUUGGCUAGAUGGAACAGGGAGGCUGUGUCAUAUUGUAUCACUGUCAUGGGGUUUUCUGGUGCAGAUUUGGUUGUUUCAUUGGAUUUUCAUUUAGAUAACUUGACUUGUUGAAAGCAUAAAUUCAAUUAAGCUUAUGCAUAAUUCAGGUAAUGAGUGAGAUAAGGCUGUGAACAAAAAAUUUGUAUGUGCAUUAGCUUAGUGUGAAAUGGGCUUUAAGAAAACAAUUGUAGCAUGUAACUCUUGGGACACUUGAUUUGGCCCACAUUAAAUUUUGAACUUUGGAAUUUGUGUGGUAAUAGUUUUCCGUUCAUUAUCACAAUGUAACAAGGUGCUGCGUAAGAGCCUCCCUUCAGUGGGUUCAAGUGUACUCUAACGUUCGGUAUGGUGUUGUGCCACCAACCAUGUUCACUGGGAAAGACAUUUCUUAUAUGUUAUAUUUGUUUAUUGAUUUUUAUUUAUUAUUACUUUUUUUUUUUUUAAAUAGUAGGUGGUGAAUUUGACAAUGUCCAUCAGAUGUGCAGGGUUGCCAUGAGGAGAGUAGGAGAGUGACGGGUUAACCUGCUGUCCACUGUGCUCAAAUAAUCAAUAAUCAAUGCAUAAAAGUUUGUAAGGGAAAUACUUGUUAUGAAUUUGUGGUUCCUAGGGAUAUUCUUUAUGUAAUUUUUAAGUCCAUUGUAGCCAGAUUGAUUUUGUAGCAUUACAAGAGUUUAGUUAUACUUAAUACUCUCUAAUAACACUAAGCUUUUAAGUAAAUAUGAAGAGCUGUUCUUGCUCAUGCCAUUUGAUGCCUAAGUAUACUAACCAUUAACUACUAAAACAGAGUUGCAGACAACAUCAUUCCAUUAGUCAGGAUGUUUUGAUUUAGCCAUAUUGCAGACAUGCCAGUCUGGACGCACCACGCCCAUAGCCAUCUCAGGUAUGCGAGAUUCACCGGUCCCAGUUUUGUAUGUCCAUUUACAACUUGAAAUAGCAAUACUUGGAUGUCUGUAUGGUACCGAAAUCUGAAUUUUGUACAAUUUUCAACACUGAUGUAAAGAGAAGUUUAAGUUUAUUAAACGCGUAAAAUCUU